AUGUUUAACUCCACUAAGGUUUCUUGUUUCACUCUCGCCGCCUAUGUUGACGUUGGCACUUUGGAGUACUUAUGGUUCCUGGUGGUUCUGUCUUUGUACAUGUCAAUUGUUCUGGCCAACCUGUUGCUUGUGGUGGUGAUCUGUGUGAGCCGGAGCCUCCAUGAGCCCAUGUACGUCUUCCUGUGCAGCCUGUUUGUGAAUGAGCUCUACGGUAGUACGGGUUUGUUCCCUCUCCUCCUGGUGCAAACUCUCUCUGACGUCCACACCGUCUCUCUUCCUUUCUGCUUCCUGCAGAUCUUCUGCAUCUACACGUACGCCAAUGUGGAGUUCUGUAACUUAGCCGUCAUGUCAUAUGACCGAUACCUGGCCAUCUGCUUCCCUCUGCGAUAUAACGCCGUCAUGACGUGGAACAGAGUGGCCGUCCUGAUCGCUGUGACCUGGUUGUACCCGUUUGUGGCCAUCAGUGUUCUGAUAUAUCUGAGCGCUUCCCUGCAGCUGUGCGGGAACAUCAUCAACAAAGUCUACUGUGAUAACUACUCCAUUGUCAAACUGGCGUGCUCCGACACAUCCCUGAACAACAUCUACGGCUUUGCUUACACUGCUGCAACCAUCACUGUUGUUCUUCUAAUCUUCUACACCUACAUCAGGAUCCUUAAGGUCUGCUUCUCUGGAUCCAAACAGACCAGGCAGAAGGCGCUGAGCACCUGCAUGCCUCACCUGGCCUCGCUGCUCAACUUCUCCUGCGGCUGUUUCUUUGAGAUCGUUCAGAGCAGGUUUGACAUGAAGCAUGUUCCCCUCAUGCUGCGGGUGCUCUUAUCUCUGUACUGGCUCACAUGUCAGCCGCUCUUCAACCCUCUCCUGUACGGGCUGAAUUUAACCAAAAUACGCCUCCUGUGUAAAAGCCGCCUCUUAGGUCAAAUGUGA